CCCCCCCCCCCCCUUCUCCACCAGCCACGUACAUCCGAGUUCGGAUCUCCCAGGCCCGGCAUCGACUGUUUGAAAGGCCCCAGUUAGCUUCCAAGUAUGAUUCUCGCCAGUCAGGGUUCCGAUUGACGGUGACAUGCGUGAUUUUUCCUGAGUUGAUCGCAAUUCUUCCGAUCAGCUCGUGUUGCUUUGUUUAAAAGGUUAUACACGCCCCCGCUUUGUCGCUGCAGCGUAAGACGCUGCAUAGGAUUAUGGCGAUAAUUAAGCCCGGCAUGUUUUCUUGGGAGGAUGUUUUGGCUCAGCGGUAUCAGAGCAACAAACCCAACCCACUCCCCAAAUCCCGUCGACGAACUCUCCAAUCUCAAUCUCAAUCUCAAUCUCAACUCCCUAAACCAUCAUCACCAUCAUCAUCUGACUCGCGCUUCGAAUAUGACUUCCAGACAGACUCGAGUCUCCUCGCCAAACUCUCCCCCGAGCUUAGACUGAUUAUCUGGGAGUACGUCAUGGGCGGAAAGAAGCUGCAUAUUGUCCAGCGGCCGAGACGACGGAUGGGAUGCGUGGUUUGUCCGCGGACGGGGUCGUGCGAGAUCUGCCAGGGUGGAUUGCCAACGUCGAGUAGGAGUAAGGCGAUGGGUAAAUCAGAUGGGGGGUUAUUGGCGCUUUCGUUGACGUGCAAGCAGAUCUACUCCGAAUCAAUCCACAUGCUCUACACCCUCAACACCUUCGAAUUCAGCACAACCUGGUCCCUCCCGUACCUGCGCCCAACAAUCCCAACUCACCACUGGACAAGCAUCCGGCACAUCGAGCUCCGCUGGGCUUUCCCCGGCCACUGGCUGCCCAGCAAAGACCCCGUAAAAUCGGUCUACUUCUCCGCGGGCCGGCAGCAGUGGGUUGAGACGUGCCAGGCCCUAGCUAGCAUCGCCGAAUUGCAGACUUUCACCCUCCAUCUUACAGGGAACUGGUUCUGCGAGUCUGUGGAGAAGAUACCGGUUUUCUUGGAGCCGUUGAGGGGGUUGGGGGGGCUUGUGCGCGGGUGGGAGUUGUUGCUGCCUGCUCAGCCGUAUUAUGUUAAGGAGAUUGGGAGUAUUGAUGGGGAUUUGAGGAGGAGGGGGAUGGGUUGUUCUGUGAGGGCGGUUUGACCCUCUGUACUCUGUACUGGUGAUGGGAGUGAUGGGAGUGAUGGGAUGGACUUGAUUUCUUAUAUCCAAUUCGCGGCAUGGCGUGGAGUCUGGGUUAGCGAUUACUUGACAUACUAGCUGUUUGUUUAAUACACAAUUUUACUUUGAUUAUCUACAAAUAUCAAGAUAUAAGUAGUAGACGUAUUCUAUAAAUGAUCUUAUCUUGUCUCAUACUGCUCGUCAAUCAGCCUCAG